GCACAAAAAUUCGAUUAUAAUCUUACAUAAUGAGGUAUAAUUUGAUAAUUUUUCACUGGGAAUUGUUCUCUUCAUCAUAUAGAUAAAACAUUAUUUGAUCGAGAAACUCGUGAUAAAUUUGAAGUACUUCUUACACAUAUCGUUACAACAAAACAAGAAUAUGCUCAAACACAAAAAUGGUUUGAAACUAUUCGUACUCAAGUCGAUUUAAUUCAUCAAACACAUCCUCAAUUAACAAUAACAUAUCAUACAUUACGUCUUCCGUCAUCAUCAACCAUUCCAUUAUAUUCUCAACCAAUUUAUUUAUUAGAUUUUUUUCAAACAAAACUUCGUACAAAUUCUCUAAUAUUUCUUACAAAUCCAUAUGUUAAUAUUGACUCAGAUUUUUUUAAUCGAUGUCGUUUGAAUGUUAUUGAAAAUACUCAAAUCUUUUUUCCAAUUGCUUUUUAUCAAUAUCAUCCAUAUAUUAUUGAGCGUACAUAUCAUAUUAAAGAUAACUCAACAAUUGAUUUACAUAAAUUAAAUGGUUGGUUUAAUUCUUAUACAUAUGAUCAUAUUGGACUUUAUAUGACUGAUUAUUUAAAUUUAAAAAAACUUAUUUCAUAUCAUAACAUAACAAUAUCAACAAGUAAUCUUUAUGACUUAUUUAUUCAAUUAACUGAUCUACAUAUUUUACAUGCACCUGAUCAUUCAUUACGUGUACAUUAUCGAUCGAUUAAAUGUGAUUCAACAAUACAAACAAAUUCAAUUGAAUAUAAUCGAUGUUUAAUGCAACAAGAAAAAGGUUUAGCAUCACAUAGUCAAUUAGCCAUGGUUAUUAUUGAAAAUGAACAGACACAAAAGAAAAAUAAAUAA